AUGUCUAAAGAUGAAAAAUUGAGUGAUAAACUUCAAUAUGAUUGUUUUUAUUAUGGUAAUGAUAAUGAUAAAACAAUUAUUACUACAGUUCUUGAAUAUAUAAAUAAUAAUAAAGAAAUAUUGAAAGAUAAAGAUAUUAUAGAUGAAUUUAAACAAAUUUUUAAAAAUAUUUCUAUAUUUAAUAAAAAUUUAGAUGAAUUAAAUAAAGAUCAUGAAUUUGAUAAUGAAUAUGUUGUU